AGAAUUUGCUGUAUAUCCUUUUUCAUCGUCAAUCUGUGCCUAUAAGUAAUGGCCACAGCUCUCCAUUGUCAACGAUUCUCUAGAACAAUACUUGGCGAUGGAAUUCGGUCCAUGCCUGCAUACCAAUGUCUGUUCACCGAUCAAUUUCUCAGGAUGAUGGCAGAUGUUUUGUAGAUCACUUUACGCAUGAGUGCUAAUCGGUGCGAUUCCGAUGAAAGGUGGCGGCUGGAUCAGGAUGGCACGACUACACACGUAGAUGAGAUCGACGAAAGCAGAUCAUUACCGAAAGCCAGUAUGGAGAAGGUGGUGAUUUCUGUCAGGUAUCGUACUGGAGUUAUCAAAGCCACGGUUCUCGUAGGGAUGGUUCAGAUCAGGUUGGUGAGAAGCAAAUCUGCGGAUUUUGGACGCAAGUGAAUCAUCAUCCAUUGAUCGGACGGCAUUUGGGGGGAAGUGAGGAAAUCCCAAGGGUAGGAGUGGUCUUGAUCGUUAGAGAUCAGAAAGUUCGGAGAUAUGAGAGCUGGUUGUGGGAUAGUGCUCCAAUUACUGGAAGCUCAAAAUCAUCACAGAUAUGUACAAUUUGUUCGUCAUCGUCUCGUGGUUGAAUAGCUUUUCUGAUUUCUGCAACUUCGUCCUCCCUGAUGUGCCCCUAGUUCUGCAAUACCUAUAGUUUGCACCAUAACAACUCUUAAUUUAACAAAGUUUCUCUACAGCAGGGCCUCGAAUGACGAGCCUAUCAGCUAGAGUACCCUUAUUCCACGUAUUGGACCUUCGCAACCAUUGCGUCCAUUCCACAAAUCCCCAUUAUGGUCUACACUAUAAUCUAUAUUCACACAGUCCACCUGAAGAGGUUCACAUGAUGCAUGAAAAUUUCUGACUAUGAUCAGGAGAGACUCGAAAGAAGCACAGUGCAAUGUUGGAAGAAGAUGAUCCGUAGAGAGAACUGGGAAAGAAGUAGACUCGUUACUUCGAUUAUGAAGUUUUCAAUUACCGUCUCAUCAGUUAACAGCAGCUGCUCGAGGACUCGUGUAACGAACACGGCCCGCUGAUAUUGCAGUGAGCAGAAUUGGAUUUCAAGCGCAAACUAGAUCCACGUCCAUCCCUUGCAUGCAAUCCACCG